GAGCGGCGGCGGGCCCGCACUGCAGCGCGAGCGCGCGACCGGCCGGCCGUGGACGUAGAGUGCGGCCGGGCCCGAGCGCCGAGCGGGCGUCGCGCAGGCAGACAGGCCGUGGCCGCCGUCGGAUCCCGCCCCGCGCCCCGCCAUGCAGUCCGCGGGCCCCGCCUGAGCCGCGGCCGCCGGCGCCGGGCGGGCUCGGGGGCUCGGGGCCGGGCCGGGGCCAUGCGCGCGCUGCCCUGACGAUGCCGCCCGCCGCGCCCGCCCGCCUGGCGCUCGCCCUGGGCCUGGGCCUGUGGCUCGGGGCGCUGGCGGGGGGCCCCGGGCGCGGCUGCGGGCCGUGCGCGCCGCCCUGCCUGUGCGGCCCGGCGCCCGGCGCCGCCUGCCGCGUCAACUGCUCCGGCCGCGGACUGCGGACGCUCGGACCCGCGCUGCGCAUCCCCGCCGACGCCACCGCGCUAGAUGUGUCCCACAACCUGCUCCGGGCACUGGACGCUGGGCUCCUGGCGAACCUCUCUGCAUUGACAGAGCUGGACAUAAGUAACAACAAGAUUUCUACUUUAGAAGAAGGAUUAUUUGCUAAUUUAUUUAAUUUAAGUGAAAUAAACCUGAGCGGAAACCCACUGGAGUGUGACUGUGGUCUGGCGUGGCUGCCUCGCUGGGUGGAAGAGCAGCGGGUUCGCGUGGUUCGGCCCGAGGCGGCCACGUGUGCCGGGCCCGGCCCCCUAGCUGGCCGGCCCCUGCUCGGCGUCCCAUUGUCAGAUAGCGGCUGUGGUGAGGAGUACAUCGCCUGCCUCCCGGACAACAGCUCUGGUGCCGCGGUGCCGGUGGCCUUCUCCACUGCCCACGAGGGCCCGCUGGCACCCGAGGCCUGCGGCGCCUUCUGCUUUGCGGCUGGCUGGGGCCUCGGGGCCCUCUCGGACCAGGGCUGGUGCCUGUGCGGGGCGGCCCAGCCCCCCAACGCCUCCUCGGCUUGCCUACCCUUGUGCUCCAGCCCCCCGCUGCCCCUCGCCCCUGCCUGCGGGGGCCCCACCCUCCUUGAGAACGUCUUCCCUGCCUCCCCAGGGGCCGCCCUGGUGGGGCCUCCAGGACCCCUGGCCUCUGGCCAGCCAGCAGCCUUCCAUGUCACUGCCUCCCUGCCCGUCAGCUCCACACACUGGGACUUUGGUGACGGCUCCCCUAAGGUGGAUGUUGCUGGUCCUGCCACCACUCACCGCUAUUCCCUGCCCGGCCACUACCAGGUGACAGCCGUGCUGGCCCUGGGGGCUGGCUCAGCCCAGCUAGGGGCCAAGGUGCAAGUGGAGGCGGCCCCUGCUGCCCUGGAGCUCGAGUGUCCAGUCUCGGUACUCAGUGAUGAGAGCCUCAAGCUUGGCGUCCGAAAUCGUGGUGGCUCCGGCCUGGAAGCCACCUACAGUAUUGUGUCUUUGGGCGAGGAGCCAGGUCGAGUGGUGCAUCCGCUCUGCCCCUCGGACACCGUGAUCUUCCCCGGUAAUGGGCACUGCUACCGCCUGGUGGCCGAGAAGGCCGCCUGGCUGCAGGCACAGGAGCAGUGCCGGGCGUGGGCCGGGGCCGCCCUGGCCAUGGUGGACAGUCCCGCCGUCCAGCGCUUCCUGGUCUCCCAGGUCACCAGGAGCCUGGACGUGUGGAUUGGCUUCUCGGCUGUGGAGGGGGCUGAGGCGGGCCCUGCCGUGCGGGGUGAGGCCUUCAGCCUGGAGAGCUGCCAGAACUGGCUGCCUGGGGAGCCGCACCCUGCCACGGCUGAGCGCUGUGUGCGGCUUGGGCCCGCGGGGCAGUGCAACACGGACCUGUGCUCGGUGCCCCACAGCUACGUCUGUGAGCUCCGGCCUGGAGGUCCUGUGUGGGAUGCGGAGAACUUCCUUGUGGGAGCGCCCCCUGGAGACCUGCAGGGACCCUUGAGUCCCCUGGCACAGCAGGAGGCCCUGUCAGCCCCCCAGGAGCCUGUCGAGGUGAUGGUGUUCCCCAGCCUGGGCCUGAGUAGAGAAGCCUUCCUCAUCGCUGCCGAGUUCGGCACUCAGGAGCUCCACCGACCCGCCCAGCUGCGGCUGCAGGUGUUCCGGCCCGAGGGAGGAGCAGGGGCCCCAGGACAUGGCGGGGAGCCUGAGAAUGCGUCCCUGGAGAGCCAGGCUCGGCCGGUGCCCGCGUGCACCCCAGAGGGACGCUGGUGCCCCCAAACUGGUAUCCCCCUGUCACCGGACACCCUCUGCCGGCCCCGGGUCUGUGCCAACGCGUCCACGUCAGGGCCAGGGCCCCCUGGGACCUCCUGUGUGCUCUGGAAGGAGUUUCUGUUCUCCGUGCCGGCAGGCCCUCCCACCCAGUACUCAGUCCCCUUCCAGGGCCAGGACGGCCCCCUGCUCCCCGGUGACCUUGUCACCUUGCAGCACGACGCUGGACCAGGUGCCCUCCUGCACUGCUCGCCGGCACUCGGACCCCCUGGCCCUGAGGCGCCGUACUUGUCCGCCGUGGCCUCGGCCUGGCUGGCCCACCUGCCCGCCCAGCUGGAGGUGGCCCCGACCGGCCCCGCCUGCGCCCUGCGGCUGCUCGCCGCCACAGAGCGCCUCACCCCUCUGCUCGGCCUGAGGCCCAACCCGGGGCUGCGGCGGCCUGGGCACUAUGAGGUCCGGGCCACAGUGGGCAACAGCGUGUCCACGCACAACCUGUCCUGCGACUUUGAUGUGCUCUCCCCGGUGGCUGGCCUGCGUGUGGCCUAUCCCACCCCCCACGAUGGCCGCCUCUACGUGCCCACCAACGGCUCGGUCUUGGUGCUCCGGGUAGACUUGGGCACCAACGCCACGGCCACGGCCCACUGGCCUGGGGGCAAUGUCAGCGCACCCUUUGAGGCCGCCUGCCCUGCCCCGGUGGCUGCCCUGGUGCCCAGCUGUGCUCUCGAGGCCAACACCACCCUGUUCUCGGUGCUGGCCCUGCCUGGCCUCCGCGAGGGCGAUCACACGGUGGAGGUGGUGGUGGAGAACAGCGCCGGCCGGGCCAACCUCAGCCUGCAGGUGAAGGCCGAGGAGCCCAUCUGCGGCCUCCGGGCCACACCCAGCCCCGAAGCCCGGGUGCUGCAAGGCGUCCUGGUGAGGUACAGCCCCAUGGUGGACGCCGGCUCAGACGUGGCCUUCCGCUGGACUAUAGACGACAAGCAGUCCCUUACCUUCCACAAUGUGGUCUUCAACGUCAUCUACCAGAGCGCUGCUGUCUUCAAGCUCUCGCUGACGGCCUCCAACCAUGUGAGCAAUGUCACCGUGAACUAUAACGUCACCGUGGAGCGGAUGAACAGGAUGAGGGGCCUCUGGGUGUCUGCAGUGCCACCCGUGUUGCCCCCCAGUGCCACGCUGGCACUGGCUGCCCACGUGCUGGUGGACUCGGCUGUGGAGGUGGCUUUUCUGUGGACCUUUGGGGACGGGGACCAGGUGAUUGGCCAGUUCAAGCCUCCGUACAAUGAGUCCUUCCGGGUGCCAGAUCCUGCGGUCGCCCAGGUGCUGGUGGAGCACAAUGUCACACACGCCUACGCCAUCCCAGGUGAGUACAACCUGACCCUGCUGGUGUCCAACGCCUUCGAGAACCUGACGCGGCAAGUGUCUGUGAGCGUGCGUGCCACCCUGCCUGCUGUGGCUGUGGCCGUGGGAAGCCGUGUCCUGGUGGCUGGCCAGUCUGUCACCUUUGCCCCACACCCACUGCCCUCAUCUGGGGGCAUCCUGUACACGUGGGACUUCGGAGAUGGCUCCCCAGCUGUGACGCAGCACCGGCCGGAGGUCAACCACACAUACAGCUCAGGGGGCGCGUACCGCGUCCAUCUGGAGGUCAACAACACGGUUAGCAGCGUGGCGGCACGUGUCGGCAUCCGUGUCUUUGAGGAGCUUCGGGGCCUGAGCGUGAGCCUCAGCCCGUCUGUGGAGCAGGGCGCACCUGUGACCGUCAGCGCCGCCCUGGAGUCGGGAGACAAUGUCACGUGGACUUUUGACAUGGGGGACGGCACGGUGCUCACGGGCCCUGAGGCCACGGUGGAGCACGUGUACCUGCGGGCACGGAACUGCACGGUGACUGUGGGAGCGUCCAGCCCCGCGGGCCGCCUGGCGCUGAGCCUGCCCCUGCAGGUGUUUGUCCUGGAGGUGCUGCGGAUCGAGCCUGCGGCCUGCAUCCCUGUGCAGCCCCUCGCCCGGCUCACGGCCCACGUCACUGGGGACCCCACCCACUACGUCUUUGACUGGACGUUCGGGGAUGGCUCCUCCAACACCACCGUCUCGGGGGACCCGACAGUGACGCACAACUUCACACGGAGCGGCACGUUCCCCUUGACGCUGGUCCUCUCGAGCCACGUGAACAAGGCCCAUUACUUCACCAGCGUCUGCGUGGAGCCCGAGCUGGGCAACGUGACCCUGUGGCCCGAGAGGCAGUUCGUGCGGCUCGGGGACGAGGCCCGGUGGGUGGCUCGCGCCUGGCCCCCGUUCCUCUACCGUUACACCUGGGACUUUGGCACUGAGGAUCCUGCCCGCGUCGGGGGCCCCGAGGCCACGUUUGCCUACCCGGCCUCUGGCUCCUACCUGGUGACGGUUGCCGUAUCCAACAACAUCUCGGCUGCCAACGACUCCGCGCUCGUGGAGGUGCAGGAGCCCGUGGAGCUCACGGCUGUCCGGGUCAACGGUUCUCGCGUGCUGGAGCUGCAGCAGCCGUACCUGUUCUCCGCCGUGGGCCGCGGGUGCCCCGCCACCUACCUGUGGGAGCUGGGGGACGGUGGGCUCCUCGAGGGCUCCGCGGUCACCCACGCCUACAACAGCACGGGCCACUUCACCGUCCGCGUGACCGGGUGGAACGAGGUGAGCCGUGGCGAGGCUCGGCUGAACGUCACGGUGCGGGAGCGUGCGCGGGGGCUCAGCGUCAACGCCAGCCGCACGGUGGUGCCCCUCAACGGCAGCGUCAGCUUCGCCACCUCCCUGGAGGCCGGCAGCGACGUGCGCUACUCCUGGGUGCUCUGCGACCGCUGCACGCCCAUCCCCGGGGGCCCCACCAUCUCCUACACCUUCCGCUCGGUGGGCACCUUCAACAUCAUCGUCACGGCCGAGAACGAGGUGGGCGCCGCCCAGGACAGCAUCUUUGUCUACGUCCUGCAGCACAUCGAGGGGCUGCAGGUGGUGGGGGGCGGAGGCGGCUGCUGCUUUCCCACCAACCGCACGCUGCAGCUGCAGGCCGUGGUCCGGGACGGCACCAACAUCUCCUACAGCUGGACCGCCCAGCGGGACGGCGGCCCGGCGCUGGCCGGCAGCGGCAGAGCCUUCUCGCUCACUGUGCUCGAGGCCGGCACUUACCACAUCCAGCUGCGGGCCGCCAACAUGCUGGGCAGUGCCCUGGCCAAUCGCACGGUGGACUUUGUGGAGCCUGUGGGGUGGCUGGCCGCAGCCGCCUCCCCGAACCCGGCCGCCGUCGAUGCCAGCGUCACCCUCUGUGCCAAGCUGGCUGGGGGCAGCGGCGUCAUUUAUAGCUGGUCUCUGGAGGGAGGACUGAGCUGGGAGACCCCAGAGCCGUCCACGACCCACACCUUCCCCACCCCCGGCCUGUACCUGGUCACGGUCACGGCUAGGAACCAGCUGGGCUCGGCCAACGCCACCACUGAGGUGGCCGUGCAGGUGCCCGUAAGUGGCCUCAGCAUCAGGGCCGGCGAGCUGGGUGGCAGCUUCGUGGCGGCGGGUUCUGCCGUGCCCUUCUGGGGGCAGCUGGACUCAGGCACCGACGUGAGCUGGUGCUGGGCGGUGCCGGGUGGCAGCAGGCACGGCCAGCACGUUUCUGUGGUCUUCCGUGACGCCGGCGCCUUCUCCGUCCGGCUCAACGCCUCCAAUGCCGUCAGCUGGGGCCUGGCCACGCGUGAGCUCACGGUGGAAGAGCCCGUCGCGGGCCUCGUGCUGUGGGCCAGCAGCAAGGUGGUGGCGCCCGGGCAGCUGGUCCACCUGCAGGUCCUGCUGGCCGCCGGCUCUGCCGUCAGCUUCUACCUGCAGGUCGGCGGGGCCGCCACGGAGGCGCUGCCCGGGCCCCGCUUCUCCCGCAGUUUCCCCCGGGCCGGGGACUACACGCUGAGCGUGCAGGCGGAAAACCACGUGAGCCGGGCCCAGGCGCAGGUGCGCAUCUUGGUGCUAGAGGCGGUGGGUGGGCUCCAGGUGCCCAACUGCUGUGAGCCAGGCAUCCCCACGGGCACGGAGAGGAACUUCACGGCCCGCGUGCAGCGGGGGUCCCGCGUGGCCUACGCGUGGUACUUCUCCUUGCAAAAGGUCCAGGGGGACUCGCUGGUCAUUCUGUCAGGCCGCGACGUCACCUACACCCCCGUGGCCGCGGGGCUGCUGGAAAUCCACGUGCGCGCCUUCAACGAGCUGGGUGGCGUGAACCGCACCCUCGUGGUCGAGGUCCAGGACACCAUCCAGCACGUGGUGCUGCGCAGCGGCCGCUGCUUUACCAACCGUUCGGCCCGGUUCGAGGCCGCCACGAGCCCUAGCCCCCGGCGUGUGGCCUAUCGCUGGGACUUCGGGGAUGGGGCCCCGGCGGAGGACACGGAGGAGCCCUGGGCCGAACACUCCUACCUGCAGCCUGGAGACUACCGCGUGGAGGUGAAUGCGUCCAACCUGGUGAGCUUCUUCGUGGCCCAGGCCACGGUCACCGUCCACGUGCUGGCCUGUAGGGAGCCCGAGGUGGACGUGGCCCUGCCCCCGCAGGUGCUGAUGCGGCGCUCCCAGCGCAACUACCUGGAAGCCCACGUCAACCUGCGUGACUGCGUCACCUACCAGACGGAGUACCGGUGGGAGGUGUACCGUGCCGCUGGCUGCCAUCGGCCGGUGCGCAUGGCCCCCGUGGCUCUGCCCAGCGUGGACAUGAGCCGGCCCCAGCUGGUGGUGCCACGGCUGGCGCUGCCUGUGGGCCACUACUGCUUUGUGUUCCUGGUGUCGUUUGGGGACACCCCGCUGGCACGGAGCAUCCAAGCCAAUGUGACAGUGGUCCCUGAGCGCCUGGUGCCCAUCAUCGAGGGAGGCUCGUACCGUGUGUGGUCGGACACUCAGGACCUGGUGCUGGAUGGGAGCAAGUCCUACGAUCCCAACCUGGAGGACGGCGACCAGACGCCACUCAGCUUCCACUGGGCCUGUGUGGCCUCAACGCAGAGUGAGACUGGCGGGUGCGCUCUGACCUUUGGGCCCCGGGGGAGCAGCGUGGUCACCGUCCCCCGGGAGCGCCUGCAAGCUGGCGUGGAGUACACCUUCAACCUGACCGUGUGGAAGGCAGGCCGGAAGGAGGAGGCCACAAACCAGACGGUGUUGAUCCGCAGGGGUCGGGUGCCCCUUGUGUCCUUGGAGUGUGUGUCCUGCAAGGCACAGGCCGUGUACGCAGUGAGCCGUAGCUCCUAUGUGUACCUAGAGGGCCGCUGUGACAACUGUAGCGGGGGCUCCCAGCGAGGGCAGCGCUGGGCGGCGCGUACUUUCAGCAAUCAGACGCUGGUGCUGGACGAGACGACCACGUCGACAGGCAGUUCAGGCAUGCGGCUGGUGGUACGGCGCGGCGUGCUGCGGGACGGCGAGGGUUACACGUUCACCCUCACGGUGCUGGGCCGCUCUGGUGAGGAAGAGGGCUGUGCCUCCAUCCGCCUCUCCGCCAACCGGCCCCCGCGCGGAGGCUCUUGCCGCCUCUUCCCGCUGGACGCCGUGCGCGCCCUCACCACCAAGGUGCAUUUCGAGUGCACAGGCUGGCAGGAUGCGGAAGACGCAGGCGCCCCACUCGUGUACGCCCUGUUGCUGCGGCGCUGUCGCCAGGGCCACUGCGAAGAGUUCUGCGUCUACAGGGGCAGUCUCUCUGCCUACGGAGCCGUGCUGCCGCCUGGUUUUGCACCACACUUCCAGGUGGACUUGGCCGUGGUCGUGCAGGACCAGCUAGGCGCCGCUGUGGUUGCUCUCAAUAGAGCUUCUGCACGCAGGUCUCUGGCCAUCACCUUGCCCGAACUCCCUAGUGACCUGCCAGGUGGCCCCCUGGACCUCACGACUUGGCUGCACAGCCUCACGGAGAGCAUGCUUCCCAGACUACUGAGACAGGCUGACCCCCAGCAUGUCAUCGAGUACUCUCUGGCCCUCAUCACUGUGCUCAACGAGGCCAGCGCAGGGCACGAGCAGGCGCUGGCCUCGUCAGCAGAGUCGGACCCCAGGCGGCAGCUGCAAGCCCAGAUACGCAAAAACGUCACGGAGAUUCUGGUCUCCCUGCGGGUCAACACCGUGGAUGACAUCCGGCAGAUUGCUGCGGCGCUGGCCCAGUGCACGGUGUCCAGCAGGGAGCUCGUGUGCCGCUCGUGUCUGAAGAAGACGCUGCACAAGCUCGAGGGCAUGAUGCACAUCCUGCAGGCCGAGACCGCCGAGGGCACCGGCACGCCCACGGCCAUUGCUGACAGCAUUCUCAACAUCACAGGUGACCUCAUCCACUUGGCCAGCGCGGACGUGCAGGGCCCGCAGCCCUCAGAGCUGGGCGCAGAGCCGCCGUCGCUGAUGGUGGCGUCCAGGGCCUACCACCUGUCGUCGGCCCUCAUGUGUAUCCUCAUGCGCUCCCGCGUGCUCAACGAGGAGCCCCUGACGCUGGCCGGCGAGGAGAUCGUGGCACAGGGCAAGCGCUCAGACCCGCUGAGCCUGCUCUGCCAGGGCGACGCCUCGGUUCCCGGCUGCCACUUCUCCAUCCCCGAGGCCUUCAGCGGGGCCCUGUCCAACCUCAGUGAUGUGGUACAGCUCAUCAUCCUCGUCGACUCCAACCCCUUCCCCUUCGGCUACAUCAGCAACUAUACUGUCUCCACCAAGGUGGCGUCCAUGGCCUUCCAGACGCAGGCCGGGGCCCAGAUCCCCAUUGGCCGGCUGGCCUCGGAGCGCGCCAUCACCGUGAAAGUACCCAACAACUCAGACCAGGCUGCACGGGGCUGCCACACCCCUGCCGGUUCUGCCGUCGUCCAGCCGCAGGCCUCGGUCGGAGUUGUGGUUGUCCCCGAGGACAGCAACCCUGACGCCGGGUUGCACCUACAGCUCACCUACUCGGUGCUUAGCGAACACUACCUGUCCCGGGAGCCCGAGCCCUACCUGGCUGUGUACCUGCACUCGGUGCCGCAGCCCAACGAGCACAACUGCUCAGCCAGCAGGAGGAUCGGCCCGGAGGCGCUGGCGGGUGGGGACCACAGGCCCUACACCUUCUUCAUCGCCCCAGGGAGCAGAGACCCAGGCGGGACUUAUUACCUGAACUUGACCAGCCACUUCCGUUGGUCGGCACUGGAAGUGACCGUGGGCCUGUACACAUCCCUGUGCCAGUACUUCAGUGAGAAGGACAUGAUGUGGAGGACAGAGGGCCUUGUGCCUUUGGAAGAGACGUCGCCCAGCCAGGCCGUCUGCCUCACCCGCCACCUCACUGCCUUCGGGGCCAGCCUCUUCGUGCCUCCCAGCCACGUGCGGUUCAUCUUUCCAGAACCGGCCUCAGGCAUGAACUACGUCGUCCUGCUGACCUGUUCCGUGUGUCUGGUGACCUAUGUGGUCAUGGCCGUGAUCCUGCGUAAGCUGGACCAGCUGGACGUCAGCCGUGUCCGCGUGAUCCCUUUCUGCGGGAAGGGGGGCCGCUUCAAGUACGAGAUCCUGGUCAAGACUGGCUGGGGCCGGGGCUCAGGGACCACGGCACACGUGGGCAUCAUGCUGUAUGGGGCUGAGGGCCGCAGCGGCCACCGGCACCUGGAUGGGGACAGGGCCUUCCGCCGCAACAGCCUGGACGUGUUCCAGAUCGCCACGCCGCACAGCCUGGGCAGCGUGCGGAAGAUCCGCGUGUGGCACGACAACAAAGGGCUCAGCCCCGCCUGGUUCCUGCAGCACAUCAUCGUCCGGGACCUGCAGACCGCCUGCAGCACCUUCUUCCUGGUCAACGACUGGCUGUCGGUGGAGACUGAGGCCAAUGGCGGCCUCGUGGAGAAGGAGGUGCUGGCAGCAAGCGACGCGGCUGUGCGGCGGUUCCGGCGCCUCCUGGUGGCCGAGCUGCAGCGUGGCUUUUUUGACAAGCAUCUCUGGCUCUCCCUCUGGGACCGGCCACCUCGGAGCCGCUUCACCCGCGUCCAGCGGGCCACCUGUUGCGUCCUCCUCGUCUGCCUCUUCCUGGGCGCCAAUGCUGUGUGGUAUGGGGUCGUGGGAGACGCCGCCUACAGCGCGGGGCCCGUGUCCGGUCUGAUCCCGCUGAGUGCCGACACAGUUGCCGUCGGCCUGGUGUCCAGUGUGGUCGUCUAUCCCGUCUACCUGGUCAUUCUGUUUCUCUUCCGGAUGUCCCGGAGCAAGGUGGCUGGGGGCCCGAGCCCCACCCCCACGGGGCAGCCGGUCCUGGACAUCGACAGCUACCUGGACUCGUCUGUGCUGGACAGCUCCUUCCUGGCCUUCCCGGGGCUCCGCGCUGAGGCCUUUGCCGGACAAAUGAAAAGUGACUUAUUUUUGGAUGAUUGCAAAAGCCUGGUGUGCUGGCCGUCCAGUGAAGGCACGCUGAAUUGGCCGGACCUGCUGAGUGACCCAUCCAUCGUGGGCAGCACCCUGCAGCGGCUGGCACGGGGCCGCCUGGGCCCGGAGGAGGACGGGCUCUCCCUGGUCAGCCCUUCCUCACGUGCCAAGUCCUUCUCAGCUUCGGACGAGGACCUCAUCCGGCGGAUCGUGGCUGAAGGGGCCGGCAGCCUGGCCCCUGCCCGGGACGCGCAAGUAGAAACAGAUCUGCUCGCUGGCCUGUCCAGCGCUCCUGCGGAGAGGACGGAGACGCUGAUGCUGCAGAGGCUGGGGGACAGGGGGCUGCCCAGCCCGGGUCUGACCUGGGAGCGGCCCCAGUCAGCAAAGCCCGCCAGGACAGGUGUGCUCUCGUGUCCCCAGGAUGCCCCUCUGGGCCCCUCCCCGUGGGCUGCCCGUCACCUGUCUUCCUCCCUAGGACUGGUGGACGGUCUGCGGAGGCGGCUGCUGCCAGCCUGGUGUGCCCCCCUGGCCCACGGACUCAGCCUGCUCUUGGUGGCUGUGGCUGUGGGGGUCUCCGGCUGGGUGGGUGCCGGCUUCUCCCCUGGUGUGGGUGUGAUGUGGCUCCUCUCGAGCAGCUCCAGCUUCUUGGCCUCCUUCUUCGGCUGGGAGCCGCUCAAGGUCCUGCUGGAGGCCCUGUACUUCUCCCUGGUGGCCAAGCGGCUGCACCCCGACGAGGAUGACACCUUGGUGGAGAGCCCGGCUGUGACCCCUGUGAGUGAGCGUGUGCCCCGUGUGCGGCCCCCACACGGCUUUGCGCUCUUCCUGGCGAAGGAAGAGGCCCGAAAGGUCAAGAAGCUGCACGGGAUGCUGAGGAGCUUCCUGGUAUACAUGCUCUUCCUGCUGGUGACGCUGCUGGCCAACCAUGGGGACGCUUCCUGCCACAGCCAUGCCUACCGCCUGCAGAGUGCCAUCAAACAGGAGCUCGGCAGCCAGGCCUUCCUGGCCAUCACCCGGUCUGAGGAGUUUUGGCCGUGGCUGUCCCACGUCCUGCUCCCCUACAUCCAUGGGAACCAGUCCAGCCCGGAGCUGGGGCCCCCGCGACUGCGGCAGGUGCGGCUGCAGGAAGCACUCUGCCCAGACCCUGCUCGCCCGGGUGUGCCCAUGUGCGCGGCAGCCGCAGGCUCCUUCAGCACAGGCGACUAUGGCGUCGGCUGGGGCAGUGCUGCCCACAACGGCUCCAAGACGUGGGCCUACUCUGCGCCAGACCUGCUGGGGGUCUGGUCCUGGGGCUACUGCGCCGUGUACGACAGCGGGGGCUACGUGCAGGAGCUGGGGCUGAGCCUGGAAGAGAGCCGCGCGCAGCUGGGCUUCCUGCAGCUGCACAACUGGAUCGACAACAGGAGCCGCGCGGUGUUCGUGGAGCUCACGCGCUACAGCCCGGCCGUGGGGCUACAUGCCGCCGUCACGCUGCGCCUCGAGUUCCCGGCGGCCGGGCACGCCGUGACCGCAGUCAGCGUGCGCCCAUUCGCGCUGCGACGCCUGAGUUCCGGCCUCUCGCUGCCGCUGCUCACCUCGGUGAGCCUGCUGCUGUUCGCGCUGUACUUCUCGGUGGCCGAGGCGCGUGUGUGGCGCCGGGAAGGGCGGACGCGCGCCGCACAGUCCGGAGCCUGGGCGCGGUGGCUGCUGGUGGCCCUGACCGCGGCCGCGGCGCUCGUGCGCCUGGCCCAGCUGGGUGUCGCCGACCGCCAGUGGACCCGCUUCGUGCGCCGCCGCCCACGCCGCUUCACCAGCUUCGAGCAGGUGGCGCAGCUGAGCUCCGCGGCUCGCGGCCUGGCCGCCUCGCUGCUCUUUCUCCUGCUGGUCAAGGCCGCCCAGCAGCUGCGCUUCGUGCGCCAGUGGUCGGUUUUCGGCAAGACGCUCUACAGGGCCCUGCCGGAGCUCGUGGGCGCGGCCUUGGGCCUGGUGGUGCUCGCCGCGGCUUAUGCCCAGCUGGCCAUUCUGCUGGUCGCUUCCUGCGUGGACUCGUUUCGGAGCGCCCUGAGGGCCGUCUUGGUGCCCUGCCCUGGGUCUGGGGGUCCUGCCCCGUGCCCCGCGGAGUCCUGGCGCCUCUCCCCGCUGCUGUGCACUGGGCUCUGGGCGCUGCGGCUGUGGGGGGCCCUGAGGCUGGGGGCGGUCCUCCUGCGGUGGCGGUACCACGCGCUGCGUGGGGAGCUCUACCGGCCGGCCUGGGAGCCGCAGGACUACGAGAUGGUGGAGCUGUUCUUGCGCAGGCUGCGCCUCUGGAUGGGCUUCAGUAAGGUUAAGGAGUUCCGUCACAAAGUCCGGUUUGAAGGGAUGGAACCGCUGCCCUCGCGCUCCUCCAGGGGCUCCAAGUCGUCCCCGGACGCACCCCCCCCCAGUGGGGGCUCAGACGCCUCCCGGCCCUCCACGGCCUCCAGCCAGCUGGACACACCCAGCGGGGGCCUGAGCCGGCUGGGGCCGCGUGGGGAGCCCGAGCCCUCUCGGCUCCAAGCCGUGUUCGAAGCCCUUCUGACCCAGUUCGACCGACUCAACCAGGCCACGGAGGAUGUCUACCAGCUGGAGCAGAGGCUUCAGAGCCUGCAAGGCCGCAGGAGCACGGGUGCCCCCAGCCCCUCCUCAGACCUGCGGCCAGCCCUGCCUGGCCGUCUUGCCCGGGCCAGUCGUGGCGUGGGUCUGGCCCCGGGCCCCUGCAGGGUUUCCCUGCGGGCUAAGAACAAGGUCCACCCCGGCAGCACUUAGUCCCCGGGGGGUCCUGGGCUCAGACCCCUUCCCUGGGGUGGGCCUCUGGCUUCAGUCUGCUCUGCAGAGGGAGCCAGAGCAGACACCGCUCAGUAUUAAUUUCUGCCACCCUUACGGUCUCGGGCCAGGCAGAAGAGCUGCACGAAGGCCCCCAGGGAGCAGUCGUCUCUCUCUCUGUGGGUCUCAGCACUUUAAAGACGCCAUGUGGGCAGCCAGGACCCAGGGUCCCCUCCCCGGCUCCCCGUGGGAGGACACAGCAGUAUUGGGCUGAGUGCCCAGCCUCUGAGAUGCUAAUUUAUUACCAGAGUCCUCAGGUACAGCGGGCUGUGCCCGGCCCCACCUCCUGGGCAGACAUCUCCCCUUUGCUAAGGAUCCAGGCUUCGGGGAGGGGAACCUGCACCUCCCGUCGUCUCCCCCUAAGUUAUUACCUCUCCCUUGCCCCUGCUGAGUGCACGCACCUUCAGCCGCAGUGUCUCUGUCGUCAGUAAUUUAUACGGGGUUAAAAAUGUAUUUUUGUACGUAGCUCUCUUUUUCAUUAGGGCCGAGGGACCUGGUGGCUGCAGUGGCUCCAUGCCCCCCGUCUCCUGUGGGGAGGGGUGCUGGGGCUGCAGAGCUGGCCUCCCUCCCCAGACACCUAACCAGAGUUGGAUCCAAGUUGGGCCUGGGGCUGGGAUGGGAGGCUUGUUGGAAGGGCCCAGCCAUCGCCUCGGCACUUCCUGUCACCACCCCCCCUCCCCACCCCUGUGGCCUUGCUCUCUGCCUGGGCUGUGACAGCAAGAGGGCAGAGCCCAGACCUGCGGGUGUCAGGUCUGGGGGAGGAGGAGGACGCGGGCGGCGCCAGAACUCCAGGGUGGAAGGAGCCCUGCCCCGGGGCUGGCUCCCGGGGCUGGGGCAGGUGAGGGUCUGUGUACCGGAGAACACGUGGGUGGUGGCACGGUGGCCCCCGACCGCAGCCCAACAGGCCCUGUACCACCUCCGUGGGUGUGGCCAUAGCUACAGCCUUGAUCCCAUCCCCACCCGACAAAGUCAAAUAAACCAGCUGGCUGACUGCA